AUGAUCACUCUCUGGAUCUUCCUUUUCUUGGUUGUGGUUUGGCGUCUUAUCGUCUCUUAUAAUCAUCUGUCCAAAGUUCCUAAAGAAGUACCAUGGGCCACUGCCGGGCGUUUCGUCCCACACAUUAUCACUCAGAUUAGAGGUCUCUGGAACAUGCCUUAUGUUAUGAAUACCGCCUACCAGAAGUAUUGCAAACACGGAUCAAUCUGCGCCAUCGCACUACCUUUUGCCCGCCCGGAAAUUCUUCUACCCUCAAGUCUUAUCCACUGGAUGACCAGCCAGAGCGGCAAGGUUCUCAGUCCCACUCCGGUGCAGAUGGAGCUUGUGGCUGCAGAGCAUGCCUUCCUCAACUCAUUCGACCAGAAGGAGUCUGUCGUGUAUGAUGUCCUGCGUGUGCAGAUGAACAGACGCCUCCCAGCUCUAAUUCCUGGUCUUGCAGAGGAGUUGAAAGCUUCUAUCGACAAGGAGUUUGGAUCAAACACAGAAUGGAAGGAAACUCAAUUAUUCGUCGUUGUGCGACGUGUGGUUGCAAAGCUUAUCACAUGGCUUGUGGUCGGUGACGAUCUAAGUCGCGACAAGGAGCUUGUGGAGAAUUUAUCUCGGUUUUCUCUUGCCGUCAUGCCCAGUGCCAUGGGUAUCGCUCUUUUCCCUCCCUUCAUGCAACCAAUUGCGGCUCAUUUGACAUGUUUUCUCAACCGCAUCUACAUGAAUUGGGCACUCAAGGUGCUUGGUCCGUACAUCGAACAAAGGAUCAUGGAAGUUGAGACAGGAAUCUCCAAGACUCAGCCACAAAAUGAUGUGAUGACAUGGCAUAUAGAGGAAGCUCUUCGCAAGAAGGAGCCCCGUGAACUGAUGCCACAGUUAAUAGCGAGCCGCGUGUUUGCUACCACGAUGGCCGCGCUGGAGGCUAUCACGCUCACCGUGACCCACACCCUCUUCAGUGUCGCUAGCAGCAACUCAUCGGCGCAGAUCUGGAGUGCUCUUAAGGAGGAAGCUGAACCGGUCCUAGCCACCACGCCAAUCAACGAAAAUGUUAUCGACAAGCUUCACUUUGCUGAUGCAGCCAUCAAAGAAGGUCUUCGACUACAGACUGCCCUCAAGGCUCUGACCGUGCAAGUUAUGCAACCUUCCGGGUUGACUAUCAAGGACACCGGAGUUCAUCUUCCCCAAGGCGCUCGUAUCAGUGUGUCGGCAUGGGGUAUUCACCAUGAUGAAGAUAUUUACCCCGACGCAUACACAUACGACGCCUUUAGGUUUGCGCCACAGAAUGGAGGUGCCAGUAUCUCUCAGGGUGGCGACGAUGACCAUUUGAUGACUACACCUUCGGAGAAGUAUCUUUCUUUUGGGUUUGGAAAACAUGUAUGCCCAGGCAGGCACCUUGCCGCUGCCGUGACGAAGCUUUUCCUGGCGCAUGUUGCGGUAAACUAUGAUCUGGAGCCACUAAAGAAGAACCCAGGACUUCUAAUAAUUGGACAUCUCCCAACGCCAUCAACCAAGGCAAAGCUAAAAAUCAGAAGAAAGAAUGGUCUGCCCUUUUCGAAGGAGGACAGUACGAUUGUUUAG